CUCGUCAAACCCGGAAGCGUUCCUGAAUCGUCCGUACUGCUAUUCAUUCGGGCUGCUGCGAUUUAAAUCAGUUACUGUUACCAUAUCCGUUCUUAUCGAGCGCCUGAUAUAGUCUCUUGUAGAUAGAUUAAAGAAGAGCAAGCAUGGCUGGUCGGCUACCGGCUUGUGUUGUUGACUGUGGCACGGGGUACACAAAGCUUGGUUAUGCAGGGAAUACAGAACCACAGUUCAUCAUACCUUCAUGUAUCGCAAUCAAAGAAUCAGCCAAGGUUGGAGACCAGGCCCAGCGCAGGAUGAUGAAGGGCGUGGAUGAUCUGGACUUCUUCAUCGGGGAUGAAGCCAUCGACAAACCAUCAUAUGCAACAAAGUGGCCCAUCCGUCACGGAAUAGUGGAGGACUGGGACCUGAUGGAGAGAUUCAUGGAGCAGAUCAUCUUCAAGUAUCUGCGGGCAGAACCUGAAGACCACUACUUUCUUUUGACGGAGCCUCCCCUCAACACACCAGAAAACCGAGAGUACACCGCAGAGAUCAUGUUUGAGUCCUUCAACGUCCCGGGUCUCUACAUUGCUGUUCAGGCUGUCCUGGCGCUGGCUGCCUCCUGGACAUCCAGACAGGUGGGGGAACGGACGCUGACGGGGACUGUGAUUGACAGCGGGGACGGAGUCACACACGUCAUCCCAGUGGCCGAAGGCUACGUCAUCGGUAGCUGCAUCAAGCACAUCCCCAUCGCUGGCCGAGACAUCACGUACUUCACCCAACAGCUGCUGAGGGAGCGAGAGGUGGGGAUUCCUCCAGAACAAUCCCUGGAGACGGCUAAAGCUGUCAAGGAGCGGUUCAGCUACGUGUGCCCUGACCUGGUUAAGGAGUUCAACAAGUACGACACAGACGGCUCCAAGUGGAUCAAGCAGUACACCGGCAUCAACUCCAUCUCAAAGAAAGAGUUCACCAUCGACGUGGGCUACGAGCGCUUCCUGGGGCCCGAGAUCUUCUUCCACCCUGAGUUUGCCAACCCAGACUUCACCCAGCCGAUCUCAGAGGUGGUGGACGAAGUGAUCCAGAACUGCCCCAUCGAUGUCAGACGUCCUCUGUACAAGAACAUCGUGCUGUCCGGUGGCUCCACCAUGUUCAGGGACUUCGGCAGACGCAUGCAGAGGGACCUGAAGAGGACUGUGGACGCACGGCUGAAGAUGAGCGAAGAGCUGAGCGGCGGCAAGUUGAAGCCCAAGCCCAUCGACGUGCAAGUCAUCACUCAUCACAUGCAGAGGUACGCCGUCUGGUUCGGAGGAUCAAUGCUGGCUUCUACUCCCGAGUUUUACCAAGUGUGCCACACCAAGAAAGACUACGAGGAGAUCGGCCCGAGCAUCUGCCGCCACAACCCCGUGUUCGGAGUCAUGUCUUAGGCGUCGGUGGAGGAGGAGGAGGAGGAGGAGCGGGAGCACACUCAGCGGAGGCAGAGGAGAUAACGGAGGGAAGCGCCACAAAACCUCACAUGCUGUGGAAGUCCCAUGAGCCUUUGCACGGAUGCUCCGACAGACCUGUUCAUUCGGAUAAAGCGACAGUGGACCAAACAAACUGCCAAAACGGCGGCAAGAUCCUCACAAAUUAGAGGAAGAGAGGAGACUCAGCCCAAAGGAUCCUCUAAAAAAAUGUUUACUGCAAGUAGGUUAAUAAUAGGUGAUACAUCUUUCAUUUCUGCGUGCCUCGUAUAUGUACUUCUAAUAUCCUCUCUGGGUUUAAUAUGUAAUAAUCAUCAUGAAAUGCACUGCUGUGUGUAUAUGGGUUGGGUUCUUGCUCUGUGUUAUAUACUCUAAAACAUGACGGUUUGUUUGAAGAAGCAGCUAAUGCUUAGGUAGUUAGUUUUCCACAAAUAUCCUAAAAUAAAACCGCUUUUUUAUCAUGAAGGCAUAUAAGUGCAAACACAACAAUCACCGGACUUACUGACCAUUCCUGAUGUCUUUUGUGUCUUUUUUUUUUUAAAUGUCCCUCAGUACCUGGAAGAAAUGUACGUGAAUUUAGAUUAUUAAAGAAAAAAUCAGGCAUUUCAAAAAAGAUUAAUCGGUUCAAAUCAUUUCUACCGGGUUCCACUGAUGUCCUGGAACACCGCUUCCCUUUCACCUUUUUUUUUAUUUGUGUUAACCAUCUCUCGACCAACCUGUCUGGGAAAAACAAAAGUUGUAUUAAUAUAUGAACAUGCAGUUUGAGUGACUGUUGUUGGACCAUCACUGUUGCCUAGAUCUCAGUUCUACUGGAUAGCCUUGUACUGUACCAAAUCUGGAUUGCAAUGCUGGCAUAACAAUAAAUGCCAAGGAGAUAUUUC